GGGCCUCAAUAUGGUGAUCAAAGGUCAUUACCUUUGACCAACUUGACGGAAUUUGAAAUCAUAAUUAGGUUCAGUUACUUUUUUAGGUGAUUAAUUUUAGUUUCAGUUUCUUGUAAAUGUAUUUAAGGCGGUGUUACAAUUGGCACACUAAGCUAUUUCAGUUCUGCAUGGCGCAGGUGUUUUGGCGACUUAUAGGGGGUUCUUCCAUGGCUAAAGGUCAUACAAAAAUAAAAAAUAAAGAAUUUAUUUUCUACAUCCACAAAAAUAAAGAAAUUCAUCCUAUAAAUAUUAUCAUAACUAAAUACACCAACGCAGACGUACGUCUCAAUUGAUUUCCCAUCAAUCAAUCGCCCCAAAAUCUCUUCCAGCAGAUAUAAGCCGAAGAUUAUUACGAUUAAAUAUUAAUCAACAUGGAAGGUUUGUGCAAGAACAAUAUUUCAUUACCCUUACUUUUGUUUUGCCUGCUAGGAUUAGUUAGCGCACAAGAUUCACCCGAUGAUUAUGUGAAAGCCCACAACGCCGCUCGAGCGGAGGUGGGUGUUGUGCUGAUGGAGUGGGACGAGGGGCUGGCAGAGAGCGCCAAAAACUAUGCAAACAAACAGGCCACCGGCGGCUGUGCACUUAAGCAUUCCGGUACAGGUCUUGGUGAAAAUAUUGCAGUAAGCCCUGACGGUGACUUAUCCGCUGCCAUGGCUGUGGAAGGAUGGGUGAGAGAGAAGGCGGAUUAUGAUUACAGCACCAACGCUUGUGCCCCGGGCAAGCAGUGUGGCCAUUACACGCAGGUGGUAUGGCGUGACUCAGGUCUCGUAGGGUGUGGCAAAGCGGAGUGUGCCGAUGGAAGUUCCUAUGUUGUGUGCCACUAUGAUCCGGCUGGAAAUUCUGCUGGAGAGAAACCUUACUAAACUCUUCUUUAAAGAAAAGGAAUUUGAUUAAAAUUCGCGUGCCUUACUAAGUUACAAAGGUUUGUGAGCCCCAAUUAUAUGCUGGCAAACUAUGUUGGGAAUACUAACCACAUUCUUUGAUACGGACAUUCUUAUUAUAUUUUUCUUGACUUUCUUUUUCAUCUUGUAAUGUUGUAUAAUAAGUUGAAUCGUCCAUUUUCUAACA